GGAAAGUUGUUUCUCGAUCGCUAGCACCACGCGAAUGCCAGGCAUUGUGCUACAAGCAGUCAAUAUUGUGAAAUAGCACGUUCGCAGAUCGAACUCGGGGAAAGAAUAACGAGAAUCAAGAAUCAAGGGGCUAAGUCCUUAAGAACCACCAUGGAUGUUCACCAGAUUCGCCAAGAGAAGGCAGUCCUCGGCAACAUCGACACCAGUAUGGACAAGUCCGAGCUAGAUUCAUGUAAGAAGUACAUCUCAGAGAAGACCAAGAUUCCGAGGAAGGAGAUGAAUGACUGGAAGAGCUUCAAGGAGGUCUGGGACAACUUGAUAAGACAAGGCUUCUUCACCAAUGGAGAGUACGGCUUCAUCAAGGAGAUGUUCGCCACUCUUAGGAUGAACAUCUACAGAGUCACAAUUGAGGACUUUGAGACACAGCUCGAGUUACAGAAAGAUGUCAUAGAUGCUAGUGAAACUGACAAAACGACGAAAGACAUCGACACAAGAAACAAAGACUUCAAGUACAACGUCCUCAUCAGUUACGUCAAGUCCGAGGCGAGUCGUUACGCCCAAGGACUAAAGAGGGCGCUGAGGAGCGAGUGUCUUUCAGUCUUCUUGGAUAUUGACGAACAGGAGGCAAAUGAAAGCAAGCGCGACUGUUUGCAAAGAGGAUUCGAAAACUCUGCGGCAGUGGUUGCUAUAGUUACACCUAGAUACGGACAGACGCAAUGGACGCACAGACAGAUUAUAUUUGCUGGAAUGCUACACAAGACGAUCAUCCCUGUAAAGUUCACGGAAACGUGGCCACCGCGCCACCUACAGGCGGAGUUCAAAGAUGUGAAACACAUCCCUUGGAAGGAAGUUGGUCGCAAGAGUGUGAGCGAUGAUAAGUUGUCCGCCUGGGAAAAGGAACGCUGGCUUCAGAUUGGAGAAAUGAUAAAGAAACGCACCAUAGAGUUGAAUGAUGCCUUGAAGUCCGGCUUGAUGAGGCGUGCGACGAUGCGGAAGCAAGACACUGGUAAGAACUUCGUUGCAGUGAUCGCCCACCCCAAACAGAAGCAGCUGGCCACGCAAAUCAAGCGCUGGCUGGAGAACGACACGGUCUGGGCGACCUGUGUCGACUUCGAGGACGAACAGGAUUACUUAGAUCUGAAGGGAAACCGGCAAACGGCCCACCUGAAGGCGAGGCUCGAGAAGGUCUCGGAAAUGUUUGGGCCUCGCUGGGGCGACGAAGAGGGCUUAAGGUUGCUAGCUUUACAGGAAAAGGCGGACAAAGCAAGGGUGGCCAUCGUCAUCGUCUCGGAAGACCUUCUGGGGAGCUCUUCUUUGUUUGAACAGGUGGUCUAUUGCCACGAUAUGGAAUACGUCAUCCCGAUUCGCUUCGAUGAAUGUUUCAUCUCGCGAGAACUUCACGAGAUGAUCAAGCCAUUCCGGAUGGAGGAUGCUCGUGGGGUGACGGGAUGCAAGGAUGUGAUCAUCAGCCGAGUCAAGAGGAUGAUGGCAAAGAAAUAAGCGGAGACUGAAGAAUGAGAGCGGGUUUCGAUAGAUGACACUGGUGCAAUAGGACACAAUAAACAUGAUAAAUAUGAUAAGGAUGGACCAUAGGCUAGACCUAGACGGACAUUGUAACUACAAAAAAACCAUAGAAUAGCGACUGCCUAGCGUAUCGAUACGCCGUAUCCUGCCUCCAGCAUUGCCCUAGCGUCCCUAGAUGCCCGCAGCCAACCUCCGGCGACAACCGAGCGACUCGAGACGCCCACAUCCCGCCAGCUUCAGUAACUCUAUGGCAUCUCGAGACAGUCGCCUCCCGUGACAUCAUAGUGUCGCUAGAGGCGCCCCGAUGCACGUCUCAGUGACUCCCUCGUGCCUCGAGAGGCCUGUGUCUCAGCCCCAAGUAUUUCCGGACUACGAAAGCCCAGAAGGCUCAUUCCAAAUUCCAAAUUCCAAAUGCGAAAUUCCAAAUUCGACAUACCACAUGACAUGAGCCUGGUACCGCCGGCCACCGUCUGAGGCGGUGUGGUAUGAACGGACGGAGGCGCGGUUACACCGACCGUCUAUAAAUAGAUAAUGACGUCACACCACUGGGAAGACUGAUGAUAGAUGCUUUUUUCGCUUUUAUAACGCAGUUCUUCAUGAAUGAUUAAAUGAUUGUUUUUCACAAAGUCCAAUUAAAAUGAACUGAUGACAAAAUGGAUGAACAGCUGACGUUUGUUUAGCGCCGUCCUUUAAUAAUGGAGAGUUGGUCAUAAUGAUACGUAAAAAUCAUUAUCUCUAAAAUUAUUCUAUGAAAAAUACUUUGGUAAAUAUAAGUACACUUAAAUAAGAAAAUUAUUAACAAGCAAUACCCAUGCACUCAUCUCCAUAUAAUACGAUUUUGAUAUAAGCUAUAAGGACAGUUAGAAAUUAACGAAUUUUAGGGGGGCAGAGACACGCUAGAUUGGGUGUAACCUGGCCUCCGUCCGUUCAUACCACAGCGCCUCAGUCGGUAACCAGGGGUACCAGGCUGAGGUCACGUGAUUAUGUCGAAUUUGGAAUUUGGAAUUUGGAAUUUGGCAUUUCGAAUUUGGAAUGAGUGUUUAUCCAGCCCAGGCAUCAGAUAGAUAGGUAAUUAGCACUGAUAAGAUGUGUAAAAUUACAUUUCAUCUAAAUUAAGAUUUGUUUUUUACAUUGAGGGGAUGCACAUUGGCUAUCUGAUGAGAGUAAGACUGAAUUUGAAAUUUAGAAUUUGGAAUUUCGCAUUUGGAAUUUGGAAUUUCGCAUUUGGAAUUUUGAAUUUGGAAUGAGCCUUCUGGGCUUUCGUACCGGACGUCUCCAAGCGACUUCAGCCUGUGUCCAGCGACUCUAGGUUUUUGUGAGUCGUCUGUAACCCGUCUCUGAUGACGGCUAUGCAAGGAUGUGUGAAGACGAGCAGAAAGACCAAUUUGAGUCAUACCAAAAAGUAUUGAAAAUGUUAAUGCCGGUAGCCAGGCAUUUUAUCUGUUGUUACCUCGAAUAUGUUCCUCCAGAGCGAAAGUGUCCGCUAACCAACCUGGUAGAAGUUUUUGUAUUGUCGCUUAGGAGCCCUAGCUACUACCUUAUGGACGGACCACUUUCCAUAAAUAUCUAUUCGUGUCCUUGUAUAGUCAGUCGGUUUUAAAAUGUCGUUGCCAUGGACUCGUGGGACUGUUUCACCUGAUAUCCUUUGCGGAUCGAUAUAGGACCUGGAAUCCAGGUCUUCUUAAUUUAGCGUUAUUGCACAAGCACACACGUGUCUUGCACUCAGGCAGUGGUUGUUUCUGGUCGUGGACCAGGAUGCUCUUCAACCUCUUUCUGUACAAUCAAUUUUCAUUUAAUGCUUGAUAAUUUGUAAUAUAAUUUGAGCUUGGUAGAUCGAUCUUCUACGUUCUCGCUGGGGUUCAUCUUGACCCACAAUGAAUUGACAUUGCUCAGCUUCCAGACAAUUAACGGUGGAGGUUACAGAGGCAUUACCGCUGGAAGUUCAGUAUGACUGGAGUUGUGCUUUGUUGUAAACAUGGGAGCAUGAGCAAUGCUUCGGAACAGGUCCUGCGUACUUCUCACUUUAGGGAAUCAUUUCUAAUCAUAUUAUUUCUAAACUCAUACAUGUACUUUAGAACUAUGUUAUAUACAUUGAAAUAGUGGUAAUUUAUUUUGAAUUCAAUAAAUACUCAAUAUGUACUACAUGUA